UGUAAGCGUCUCUGCCACGUCAUACGGGGAGGGAGGUAAAAGCAGUAAGGGUUUAAUUCAAGGAAAAGGAUCGAAACAGACUCUGAAUUGAACUCGGACUACAAGAUAAGAUACUCUUUCAUUCAUGUCACCUGCUUGUGGGAUGAUUCUGGACGAUACACCACUCUUUGAUCCCCUGCUACUCCAGGAGCUGGACUGGAGUGCCAACACAGUACCGUUCUCUCCCCCUAUUUCCCCUUCCCAGCCUGGGGAGGGCCUUGUACUCAGGCCUCUCUGCACAGCAGACCUCAACAGAGGUUUCUUCAAAGUCUUGUCUCAGCUCACUUUGGCUAGCGAUGUCACACCAGAACAGUUCAUCAAGAAGUUUGAGCACAUGAAACUGACAGGGGAUUAUUAUGUCAUUGUGGUAGAAGACACGAGCCUUGGGCAGAUUGUCGCCACAGCCACGCUCAUAGUUGAGCACAAAUUCAUUCAUUCCUGUGCCAAAAGAGGGAGGAUAGAAGAGGUUGUAGUGAGUGACAUUUGCCGAGGGAAGCAGCUGGGAAAAUUGUUGGUGUCAUGUCUCACUCUUCUUAGCCGGAAACUUGACUGUUACAAAAUAACACUAGAAUGUGCACCGAAGAAUGUGGCUUUCUAUGAGAAGUUUGGCUAUUCUGCAUCAGAUGAAACCUACAUGCAGCGCCGGUUCUUCGACUGAGCUCAGCCUGGCACUCAGACACUCAGAAUGGAACCCCCCCCAGCUGGAAAAACAAGUAUAAGAACAGUCACCCUCUGAAAACUGGAAGGCUGCCUCAGUCGGUGUAGAUCUGAGCUUGUAUCCAUUAGGCUUGGCUUUUCCAGUACUUAGAACACACAAGGCAGCUCGGAAUUGGAAGAGGAACAGGCCAAAUACUGUACCUUCGGAAAAGAAACAGAAAUGUACUAGCUAAUACCAGGCCAAGGAUCUCCUUUAGUUUUGCCAGCUUGAUUUUCCAGUACUAGGUUUCUAAACGCCUUUCCUUUUCAGCUGAAAACUGCUACGUUAUCUUUCAUGCUUUCCUGUUAUAUAAAUUGUUUCUAUCUGGACAUCCAACUUGAUCUAGGACCUUCAAGUUCUACAAGGUUCAUAUUUUAAAAAACAACUUUUGUUAUACUUUUAAAAUGCUGCAGUCUUACAAUUCAAAUGCUACAAGCUGUGUAGUAUGAAACACUUUGCAAGGACGUGUAAGGAUGUUAAUGAUGGCAAAUGCAUAGAAAAUCCUAUGUAUUAAUACAAAUGGAAAUGGCUCACUGAUAGCUGUUUCGGUUAAGUAAUAUUAGUUUAAGUAGGUUUAAUAAAAAACUAGAAAUAUAUUAUGUAUUUAGAGAAUUAUAUCCUAAAUUAUAUUCCCACUGUAAAUGAGAUACUGUCCACACAAAAGGUACCACCAAUACUUUUAUGACUUAAUAUUUAUAGCACUGGGGAUUUUUAAACUCUAUAAAACAGUUAUAUAGUCUAAACAAAUCUCAUGAACGUACUCAUAAAGUCAUGUUUAAUUGUGAAAGAAUAAUUUUCAUGACAGGAUGCAAGUUUGGUUUUCAAGAAAAUUUUAAAUUAUUUUUCUAGUUUUUUUUUUAACUGUAAAAUAAACCAAAGAUGGUAUAAAAAUGUAUAAUUAGUCUGUUGGAUGAGAAACAGUUGAGCCAACGGAGGGGAAUAAGGAAGAACAUUUUUAUUUUCUGAUAGUAAAAUGUAUAACAUAGUUAGAACAUUAAAUUGUUAGAUCAAAGAAUCACAUUGCUGAUUAAACCUGUCUAUGUCUAACCCCUGCCUCCUUCAAUUUUAAAGUAAGAAAAGUAAUGGUUACACCUUCCUUUUUUGUUUUUCUAGAUUUUGUUACCCCAGUGCUAAGCUAAACAUUUUUCUUGAGCAGUUUAUCAUUAUGCAUUUGGACCUAACAGUUGGUUCUUUACCUAAUGGGUCCCAGCAGUGGCUCCUUGUAAGGCCCUCAUGCCCACAAGUGGUGUUUAUCGUCUGACAUGCUGCAGGCUCUACAGUUUUUUACAGGAGAGGCAGCACCAACUGCAGGAGCCACGUGUCUCUGGUGAAAGUUGCUGCAAGCCUGCAGCCGAACAUGAAGUCACUGCAGUUGCCCUUUUCCAACCUUUCUGCUGGCAGCACAUCCAAUUACGGACUGCUCCUUUUCCUGGAGAAAUCCCACAUAAACUUGCGUAAAAUAUCCCCCCCCCAAAAAAAAAUCUAACAUUCAAUUUAAAUGUUCGUUUUUUUCUGUUUGGAUUAGUGUCCUUAGCAUUGUGGUAAACUGAGUCUGUAAAAUUAUGGAUGCAAACAUGAAAGAGUUUCCAGUUCAGAAAUGAAUAACGCAAAUACUUUAAAAAAACAUAAGAAGCUUACCUGUACAGGUAUUGUGCUAUUCAAUGUUUUAACAUUUGUGCAAAAAGCAAGGAGAAGUGAACAUCUUCUAUAGGUACUUUACUGAGGUUAAAGCAGGAGAAAGCACUGUGGGUUUGAACAGCUGAAAGAUCUUGUUGGAAGUACUAGUGUUCUCCAAUCUGACAUAACCAAUUCAUCUAAUACAUUUAUGGUGUGCUAUACUCUUGAGGUGUAUUGUGAAAGUGUCAGGACAGGAAAACAAUAAACCUGAAUUUGAAAUAUAAAAUGAAUUUGAAUAAGGUCUAAUUGCCACAGGUUGUGCUUUCAGCUGAAAGAACCCAUAGGCCUUCUCUUAAUAUUACAAAUACAGAAUUGUAUUUAUACAUGGUGUAAGGGUAUUUAAGUGUGUUGUAGGAGUUUUAUUUAUUUUUAUAGUAUGAAAUUACAUUUUGGGUGCAAAGAAAAUUGGGAAUAUUACAGAACUGUAUAUUUAUUUUGAAAAGAGAGAGCUGAUUUGGGGUCAAAAUAGUUGUCUUGAGACUUAACUUUCCUUGAUUUACUUUUUAAUAAAAAUGCAAGUGUUGUUGAGGAAUUACUGAAUGUUUGUUGUAAAGCAAAAUGAUUUAAUCACCACAAAUGUACAAAUGAUUUACUCAUUCAUAAAUACAGUUUAUAUUUUAAUUUACA